GCGGUGAAGAAGGCCAGCGCUGCGCGAUAUGGUGACCUAUGCCACAAAACAGCAUGGGCUCUUGCUGAGCUGGCCGCGCGGCACAAACUGCUCGAGAAGGUAAAGGAGUCGCCUGCCAUGUUCGUUUGCAUCCAGGGCAGCUCGAUCCAGGAGAUGAUGAAGCUGCCCGGCCUCAUGGUGGACAAUGGGAUCCACUCCCAUGUCAUAAGUUCUGUGUUUGCAGCGCAAGUGCUGGAAUUCUGCUGCCAGAAGAAGACGAAGGCCGACUUUGCAAACAUCAUAGCUCAUUUGCGGAAGGCCGUCAAGAUUCUUCAGGAUGCAGGUGCAUUGAGAUAUCUUCGUGGAUUCCUUCAUGGGCUGUCCAGCCUCAGUGCCCUCAUCGAGCACGCCAAAUCUGGAGGGAACGACAAAGACAGAUCCCUUCCAGAGCUAGUUGGUACGCUGCUCAAUGCGCCAAAGUCGCGCUGUACCCAGGGAGCGCGCAUUGAAUUGGAUAAGUUGGUGGCGCACGUGGAGACUGCGAUUCAGGCCCUGCCGAAGCGACGCGGAGGCCGUUGGGCAACACAGGAUCUGAUGGAAGCAAUCAAAGCCAAGGAUGAUCCCAAAUUGCGAAAGUUCCAGGACCAGUGUGGUCCUUGCUUUUUCGCGGCACUGCUGGUGAACAGCAACUUGCUCUUGGAGUCGGACAGGUGGAGGAAGCCCUUUGCUGAUGAGCAGCAGCUGCCUAGCCACCGUGCAGCCAUUUCGCUGGCCGGUGAAUUGGCCAAUUUGCGUUUGGAACCAGGUGACCUGUCGAAGGACGAGGAUGGACAUUACGCUCUCCUUAUUCGUGUCACUGGCGAGUUGCUAUCCGAGGAGCCAGUGAUAACCUUUUUGUUGGCCGGCUUAUAUGGCAUCGCCGAAGAUGAGCGUGGCGAGAAUGAUUCACCGGUAUUUGUGAAGUGGCUGCCGAAGCGGACGAACAAGGAGCUUCAAGUGAAGAUCUACUACCAGGACAAUAUGUGGUGGAUAGGCCCUGAAGUGGGCGAUGAUCUCGUCUGGGCACGGGCACCUGUCCACUUGCGCGAAGUUCCACCGAGGCGUGGCUGGAUCUGGCAGCAGGGAUCGAGCAACGACCCUGGCCGAAAAGUGCAGAUCAAGGCGUUGAGGCUCGAUGAUGCUCCCGGAUGGGGGGGCUGCAAAGGCCCUCAGCCUGAGCCAAAGCAGCAGCCAAUCGCAGCACCUCAUGCAGGCAACGUGGUGAGGUCAAAGGCGAGGCCAACGACGCGGAAGGAAGCUCCGCAGCAGGAAGCUAAACGUCAGGACACCGCUGCAGUUGUCAAGCGUCCGCAUGCGGCGAUACAGGACCAGGAGAAACAGCAGCCCCAGAGCAAGCGGGCAAGGUCUUUCUCUGAAUGGCUCGAUGGCUUUGACGCCAAAGGGGUUUUCCGCGAAGCCUACCUGCAAAAAUUGUCGGAGGAGUUUGACAGCUUCGAAGACCUGAAGGCCGUCUACACCCCUGAUGGGACUUGCAAAGGGCCUGUCGUCAGCAGUGUUGACCCGGAAUUCUGGAAGGUGCUCUCAGUCAAGACUCUUGCCCACAAACUCGUGUGGGCGAGGCAGCUUAGUGCGCUGUAG